AGACUUCUUGAGAAAGACGACUUUUUACCAGCAAGUACGUCAUUCAGCCGCUCUCGCUCACCCGACUUUGAAAGAAGUGAAGUGCUGCGUGAUUCUUGGGCUGCGUUGAAACGUCAGCCUGAUAACUUCGAUGCAUGGAUCAUACUUCUAACACAGGCUGAUCAGUCCAACGACCUGAAGUUAGCCCGUGAUAUAUACGAUCGAUUCUUGAAGAGAUAUCCAUACUGUUAUGGCUUCUGGAAGAAAUAUGCUGAAAUGGAACGCCGCCAUCAGAACUUUUCCGAUGCUCUUAACGUAUGGGAACGUGGAAUUCUUGCUAUACCGUUAUCUAUUGACUUGUGGCUUGGAUUCUUAUCUUUCAUGCGAGAAUUGGCUCCACAAUCAGACAGAGGCAUAGAAAAGUUGAGGGAACUGUAUGAUAGGGCAGUUUCUACUGCUGGCUAUGAAUUUCAUAGCGAUCGCCUUUGGCAAGACUAUAUUGCUUGGGAGGAAGCUCAGGGGGAGUGGCGUCGUGUGUCUAAUAUCUAUGACCGUUUAAUACGUAUUCCCACUGCUCUAUACAAAACCCAUAUGGAAAGGUUCGAAGCCAUCGUCAACAUGUGCAAUCCUAUCGACUUGAUUUCGGAAGAAGAGAUGAGAGAUCUGUUUGACGUUGUCAGGCGCAAAUGUGAUGUGGGGGUAAUCACAGAACACUUGAUUAAGAAGUUUUGGAGUUCUAAAAAAUAGGC